GAGGCGCGGGAGCGCGCGGGUCCCGGCCGCCCAGGCCGCCCCAGCCCAGCUCCGCGCGCGCACCAUGGCGGGCCCCGCGCCCGGGCGGCGGCUGCGGCUGCGGCCGCUGGCAGCGCUGGCCCUGCUCCUGGCGCUGGCCCCGGGGCUGCCCGCAGCCCGGGCCGGGCAGGCGCCGCGCCCCGCCGAGCGGGGGCCCCCGGUGCGGCUCUUCACGGAGGAGGAGCUGGCCCGCUACGGCGGGGAGGAGGAAGAUCAGCCCAUCUACAUGGCAGUGAAAGGAGUGGUGUUUGAUGUCACUUCUGGAAAGGAGUUUUAUGGACGAGGAGCCCCCUACAAUGCCUUGACCGGGAAGGACUCCACCAGAGGGGUGGCCAAGAUGUCCCUCGAUCCUGCAGACCUCACCCAUGACACUGUGAGCCAGACCGGCCUCACUGCCGAGGAGCUGCAGUCCCUGGACGAUGUCUUCACCACAGUGUACAAAGCCAAAUACCCCAUCGUCGGCUACACGGCCCGGAGGAUACUCAACGAGGACGGCAGCCCCAACCUGGACUUCAAGCCCGAAGACCAGCCCCAUUUUGACAUAAAAGACGAGUUUUGAUGCUCCAUCUGCGGGAGCGCGUUCUUGAUGGGGCGGGGUGGGGGCGGGGCACGGAGAGCCCUUCAGGUGCCAAAUCUCCUGCAAAAUAGGCUGCCUGAGCCUCUGGUCCCCGGACCUGAAUAAAGCCGACAUUGAACCCGGAACGCCGGAUGCUUGUUAUUGUUCCCGGUCAAGUGUUCUGUCCACGUGCCAUCCUGCCCGCACACCAGCCAGGGUGGGAAGAACGGCCGAAGGGGGCGCCCUCUCGGCGUCCGUGUUGGCUGUCCGGGCAGUGGAAUCACGGGUGACUUAUUUCUUCUCUAUCUGUAUAUUUUCCUGUGCUUGCCACGUUUCCUAGCAUGACCACGUUUGCUUUAGAAUAAGCACAGAAAUAAACUUCGUGUUUUCACAAGAGCA